GGGGGCACUAGGUACGCAACUUGACAUUGGCAACCUCGACGUGACGGCACUUCAAGGUUGAAACUCCCGGCCGUCCUCAGCCUUCAGUCUUCACGAAGCGGCAGAAACCUGGAAGUUUCCAGUUGGAAGUGAAGCCAUCCACGUACAUUUCUAAUUCCAUCCAUCUCACACAAGACGCAAAAUAUUUUGGUCCAUCCACUCUUCCUUUACAAGAUACCCAUUUUCUUUUUGGUUGUUCUUAUAAAGCACAUUUCCACUGGAUGCGAUCAUCGGUUCAUUUUUACAACUACAGCUCUUGAUACCACUCAACUCACCCAAGCCACCAUUGUCCUUGUUGCUGGCCCUGACACUGGCAUCCAGUCUACGAAUCACACACGCGCCUUUGGCCUCGUCUGUCCCACCAUGGCAGACGAUCUCUUAUAUUUGUCCAGUCUCACCGUGAGCAGAGAUAAGCAACUUGCCAAACACCUUGACGGUAUCCGGUCGCAAUGCAUAUCACAACACGGUUCCUUACGCUCCAACAGCGCCACUGGUGCUCACCCAUCAGUAUCAUCAACAACAACAACAACAACAUCAUCAUCAUCACCACCACCGAAAUUCCUAGUCACAUGCCCGGACUGCUACCGAAAGGCCUUGGACCUCGUCCGCGCACGCUACCACCAAUCACGCGCCGCCGCUGCCGGCGAGUGGUGCACAACACGGCGCUCCUUCUUGCGGGACAUCGACACCAUGCUAGCUGGUGCGAAGGAAUAUCAAGUUGAUCCACGAACCAUCGACGAUCGUGUACAGGCUGAGCGGGACAGUUGGUACCUCGAGGUCGUACAAUCCUCACUUGUGCGGCUCUUACGAACCGUCAUCGGAAAACUGGACGAUGCCGUCCUCCCGGAGGAUGCAGACCCGGCGGCAGCGGCAGCAAAGGAUCAUAUUGUCGAGAGGAUAGAGGAGCUGCAGCAAGCGCGCCAGGCGGCACGGUCACAUCAGAAUGUACUUCGCCUGGCCGAAGAUAUCGACAAGCUACUGCAGGGCGGGAAGGACGAGAAUGGAGACGCAACCAUGACGGGGAUGAAUACUGGCUUCCCGCCUGAGUUUGCCGCUCCCGAAACGAGCGAUGAGGACCGAGUGGAGAUUAUGAGGAAGUCGUUUUGCACCACAGUCGCACAGGGGGGUGACGAAAAGAACUUGCAAGGCUCUCAGAAGAAGUACUUCGACAUGUUCCAAAACGGGACACCAUUGGGCCAGGUGAUCGACAGGAUAUUAGACGACAGGAAGGAGGCAACGGGGGCGCAUGUCAAGAUCGGCCAGGUUAAGAAACGAUUGGAAGAUCUCAAGAGGGCUCGGGCGGCAUACGAACUACAGAAGACGAAGAAGGCCAGCAUAUCGGAGCACAAGGUCCCAGAAGAGCUUUACAACCUGCCCGCGUGCCACAACUGCGGACAGAUGCCCAAGACUAGGGAUUUCCUGAGCUGCCCUUUAUGUAUGGUUUUGGUGCAAAAAGGUGUGAGGGAACGGCAGACUGUGUGGUGUUCGCCGGGAUGCAACACCGAAGGCCUGCCCAGCCACAUCGAAACCGACCACCAAUGCGCCUCCAGAGACGACUGUGUCCAGGUCAACCCCCUCCGCCACAGUCACCAACACUAUGACCCGGACCAAGACGUUAAUAUGGACGGCACCAGCACGGUCGCUUCGUCGCCCGUUGACUCGGACCCCAACGCCUCGAGCCCCGUCUGCUUCUGCCGUGAGUGUCUGACCACGCUCAAGUGCGAAUCUGUCUUCUGCUCUCUGCGAUGCUACGACCUAAACUUUCAAGGCCACCGCGAAAAUAUCCACAUGCCCACGCGCCGGCAGCUGAACAUCAUUGUCACCGACCGCCAACAUCUCGAGUACUUUCCCAUGCCGCCGCUCUCCUCCUCGUCGGGUCCGAGCGCGAGAGAUAGAGACAGGGACAGAGGCGACAGGGACAGCUACAACAACCGUAACCGUAAUAACAAUGACAACAACAACAACGACGACGGCGGCCCCAACAGCGGACUUGGCGAGAAUCCUCCGUUCCUGCAGAUUAGGACUCGGUACAAAGCCAGGAACAUCAAGGAUCAUGUCAUCCCGUUCGACGAAGCCAUUAGCAACUGGGAGGAAGCGAACCAGGUCAAGGCGCAAAUCUAGGAGAUUCAAAAGAAGCGCUGGCACUGGCACAGCUGGUAGGAAGGUUGACCUUGGCUGAACCAGGAGGGAGGUUUGAGGGAAGAUGAAAGGCUUGUAUACGACGGCACAUACAAAGGGGCCACGAAUGUCAGGAAGGCGAAAUGCAUGAAGGAGGAAAAAUUGCGACUCUUGCAUCACCAAUAUGGAGGAUACGGGAUACAUAGAUGGAAACGUAGAAGCCCUUUCUGCUGUCUUCUGAUCGUAUAUAUGUGUAUGACAUUGGGAGAAGAAGGAUGGGUUGAAAACAAGCAUUGGGCGGCAACCUGUGUUUAUAUAUCAUUGUUUUGGGUGGGAGAAAGAAUGUGACAAACAAGUCACUUGAGAUUCGAGGCUAGGCAACGGGAAUGGGGGGAAGAAGAAAAUACACUUUAUUGAAAUCGUCAA